AGUCAUAUCAAAACAAAAAAUAUACUUGCGAAUUAAUUGCAAGAGAGAUUCGCACAUUUUUAAAAUAGGAUGCUAGUUUCAAUACCUGGAAUUGAUCAUGUCCAAAACAUGACCAAAUCCUCGAAGAAUGCGCAUGUAAGCGAGUUUGAAGUGUAUCGGGGUAAGCUGCGAGCGAAUGAUCUAAGCGGAAGAUUUGAUUCCGGAGUGGAUUUAUCAUACGAUGAAGAUUGCAAUGCAGGGAGUGACGCGAAUAAGCCAAUAAAGAGCUGCCUGCUUAAAAAGACUGGCAAGGUCAAUCUCAAGCAUGUGACCUUUUACGAGAAACGAUUUAUCGAAUUCAACAAGUAUGAGUGCGCACAUACGUGCAAUCUAAAGCACUACCUAGAUAUGGAGGAGCCAGUGUAUCCACCGACUGUGCGUAUUUACGAUUAUGGUCGACAACCUCUGGGAGUGGUGCAGAAUCGUAGCAUGGAGAGUGCUGCCUUUGCCAGCAUGUUGUGGAGAACUCUGUGGGAAAGGUUCAAUUUGUGAACGUCGCGUUGCCUAUUUUGAUAAAUAUCAGAAGCGCAAUCGUAAGCUCGUACCCCAGCCAUGACUUGAAUCCAGCAUCACGCAUGGACGUAUGAAGCG